AUGAAUGCUGCUUCAGGCUCAGAAAAUCGACCCUAUUCAACAACUCAGGAGCCGUUUUUUUACGCACAACCUACCCAGCAAAUGUUCAUGAAUCCAUGUUUACUUGGCCCUGUAUACAACCCAUAUGGCAUUCCUACCACAGGCUUUAGAAGUGGAAAUCCAUAUUACCCACUCUAUUCUAUUCCUGUCCAUGACUACCCAAGAUACCUUGUUCCACAGCAUCCCAUGCAUAUAAGAGUUAACAGAAGACCUUAUUUCAGUAGUCAUCUACCCUCACCCAUGUUUUAUCAAGCAACAAGGGUCAGGCACUACAAUCCAGGAAAACGAACAGAGACUAAAGAAACCCAGACAGAUGUGAAGCAGUCUGAAAGCAAACAGAAAAAGCAUCAGGAACACAGUAUGGAAACACAAGGCUGUGAUGCUGGAAAUACAGCGUACGUCUCCUCCAGUACUGUUAAAGAUGCUGAAAGUCCCAUGGAAAAUAAGGAUAGAUCUGUAUUAUCUACUGUUGCAGACAGAGACUUUGCCAAAAGCCCUUCAGGGUCUGUACAGUUCCGAAGCCUCCCCCCACCAAGCUAUGCCUAUGAAAAAGAGGAAGUCAGAAUACAAUAUGAUAAUGAUGGGGCCCCCGCCAUUCAGUUAUGGAAGUCCUUCAAAGAGACCAUCCCUCUGUAUGAUGUGGCAGAGAAGACGGCCCCAGAGAGUGUAAUGCAAAGAGAUGUGUUUGCUCUGGCUUCUUGUGAAGGAGUUGUAUAUGGGCCUCGUGAACGAGGGGAGUUGGUGCCAAGUAUUACAUAUUCAGAGGAGCAAAAGGCUCUUGAGGAUGUGCCAGAGCCUCAACAUAAAGGAAAGCAGGAUGCUGAAAAGCCAGGAGCUGCAAGCCAUUGGACAAUAUCUCCCCUAGAUGAAACCAAAGCAGCACAGACGGCGGAACCAACUGGACCUGACUUAGUAGGAGGGAGACAAGAGGCUAUGAUGUCCAAAACAUCUUCUGGCUCAGAAAGGUCCAGCGGUUCAAAAACUCCUCGAGAGGUGACAGACCCGAUUCAACAAAGUGAACCACUUCUGUCUGGUAGAGAGAAAACAAAUGAUGCUGGUUUCCCUAAGAAACUGGAGGAAAAUAAUGAAGUGUCCCUAGAAAGUCAAGUAACUCUAGAAAAAAGUCUAUGGUGUGAUGAGUCUGAGAAAUACAUUCCUUCUGACAGUUGGUUGGCUUGCUUGAACUACAUGGACACCAACUACAACAUGUAUUUGGCCCGAAGAAAAUGCCCAAGUAUACUCAGUCUUACCUCUGAUGAGAUGUCUUCUAUGGAUGAAGGCUCAUCCAUUGAUAAUGUACCAGUGUCUUAUUUUGCCCCUGGCUACACAUUUCAGAAGAGCGUGAAUCCCUUCAAAAAAAGCACAGAGGGCUCAGAGAGAGAGAAAAUAAAAAAUGGAGGAUUCCUCAAUGAAGACAAGGAAGUGGUGAGAGGAGAGCAGGUGGGUGCUGGUGGGAACACAAAGAGCCAUUAUGGAAUCAAGAUUAAAGAGCUUUCCAGUCGAUACAGGAAGCUAGGUACGAUGCCUAGGUCUUCCAGUAGAAAGAAGCUCAAAUCACUGAAGAAAAAAGCUGCUAAGAGUUUGUCGCCAUCAGAAGCGGAGGACUCUGAAGAAUGUUGGGUGAAAGAACCAGAGGAAGAGGAGGAGCAGGAAGAAUACUACGUGAUUCAAGGAGUUGCUCCUUAUGGAUCUUUGGCCCCUGCCAAAUAUGGCGUCUACCAACAAGAUGGCCAGCAAGUACUUUGGAAAAUACCCAAAAAUGCUGUCCCAGCACAGCUCAUCAGUUUGCCUGUUCAAGAAAAAAUAAAAAUGUCCAGGUUGGCUAACAAACGGAAGGACCAAGAAGAGGAUGAGGAAUUCUGUGUUGACUGCAACUUCUAUUUAAAGAGACCAGCAGCCCAACAACUUGAAAUGUUUGAGCACAGAAGAAAUUCACAAAGGUAUUCAGGAAAGCUACUGAAGGAAAGCGAAGGAGGAGUUGUUGAUGACAUCUGGCUAAGAAGUGGUGCAAAGCCCAAGUUUGCUAGCUUGCUUCAUGGUGGACUCUCUCCCGGGACCAAAAGCAGAGAGCCAGAAUGCACGUCAAAGAAGAAAGGGGCGCAUAAGCCUCCACCCAAGCGUAGAGACACCAGGGAUGAUGCAGGAACAGAAGAACGAUGGGAGAAGGCGAAAACCACCCAUCAUCACAAAGGCUCACAGGUGAAUACUGAAUCCAUGUAUCUCAAGCUAAACUCGGAAUCCAUUGCUAAAGAACAAGCAAAUAGUUUAAAGAUAACAUUCCUUAAUUUCUUUGUGCAGUACACGGGACAAAAAGAUCUCUCUACAAAUGAAGAUCGCCAGAACUGUGAAAAUGCCGCAGCGUCUCUGUGUUAUCCUGAUGAGUUAUCAUUAGCUUUUUGA